GUUCAUUUGACCGGCUGGCAACGCGGUUUCCACCGGCUAUCUCCUCAUUAAUCCCCUUUAAUGACCCUUUACCAUAAUCAUGAAAGUGUUAUCCAAAAGAUACCGGUUUAAAUUUUCCCCUCAUUCCCGGUGGGUUCCACUACAAGUACUUAUUCGUAGGCUCGUACCUUUAUUCUCUACUUAAACAUCUUCUGCCUGCUGGAUUUGUUUACAACCCAUACAUAUCCUUCCCAAUAAUCAACCAACCCUACAACAAUGAAGGCAGCACGUCGUCCUUUGCGCCCACUCUCUGGCGUCUCAUCAUCGGUCCUUACCGCGAGAUACGUCAGCCGCACCAGUAAUCCCAAGUCAUCGGUGGCAACCUCGACAACCACAACGAACAACGUGUGGCAACAAGCUCCCCAGUCCUCCAAGGAGCUCUCCUCCCCUCUGGCCAAACUCCCGCUCUCAUCGGUUCUGCGGUCCCUGUUGAUCCUGUCCGUCUCGUCUUCCUCGAUCCUUCUGCAGCCAUGCAUCAAGACACUGUCGAUGCUGGCACAUCCCAAGACUGCGGUCCUGGAUGUGGCCAAGAACCCUCUCCUGAAUUUCCUCAUCAAGCAUACCAUCUACAAGCAGUUCAACGCUGGCGAAAAUAAACUCGAAGUCCAGCGGUCGAUUGAAGAUAUCAAACAGCUUGGAUACCGUGGCGUGCUCCUCGGCUAUGCCAAGGAGGUACUUGUUGGAGAGAGCAAUGUGGACCCGAAGGAUGUGCAGGCAGCUCAGGCGGAAAUCCAGAUGUGGCUGGAUGGAACCUUGCAGACGGUCGAUAUGGCCCAGGAGGGAGAUUUCGUCGCCCUGAAAUUUACCGGCAUGGGUACUCAGGCUCUUGAAAUCUUGCAGCAACGGGCUGCACCAACCGAUUUCAUGGACCGUGCGAUUCAAAAGGUCUGCGAUUUGGCUAUCUCGCGGAACGUUCGCCUACUAGUGGAUGCGGAGGAACAGGCUGUUCAGCCGGGUAUUGAGGAAUGGACCAUGAAGUACCAGAAAUACUGCAACUCUCAGACUCCGGGCCGUGCCAUCUUCUACAACACUUACCAGGCUUAUCUCUGCUCAACCCCGACUACCCUCGCCAGGCACCUGGAAAUCUCUCGUCAGGAAGGAUACACUCUAGGUGUCAAGCUAGUCCGUGGCGCGUAUCUCAAGACUGAGCCCCGUCACCUCAUCUGGGCCACAAAGGAGGAAACGGAUGAGUGCUACGAUGGUGUUGUGGAGGCCCUUCUGACCCGGAAGUACAACUCGAUGCUCAAGUCUGCGUCUGAGAAGCACCACACUGACCUGCCAUCUGUUAACGUCAUCAUUGCUACCCACAACCGCGAUUCCGUUCGGAAGGCCCACGCUAUUCGUACCGAGCAGGCAAUGAAGGGAGAAAGCCACGGCGUUGAUCUGUCCUAUGCUCAGCUCCAGGGAAUGGCUGACGAGGUCAGCUGCGAGCUUCUGCAAGGCUUCCAGAGUGCCGAGGUGAUGAAGGGUGCCUCUAUGGAAUCGCCCAACGUAUACAAGCUUUUGACUUGGGGAUCCGUCAAGGAAUGCAUGGGCUUCUUGAUGAGACGCGCUAUUGAGAACACCGAGGCUGUUGGGCGUACCAAGCAGUCGCAGGAGGCGAUGUUCGAGGAACUCAAGCGCAGGGCCCGCCUGGCGUUCCGCCGCAGCAACUGAUUACUUUUCCCCUUUAUUCAUUCACUUUUAUACUUCCUUUGCUUCUGGCGUGGCCUUAUUUUUGUUUACACUUUCGAUUCCCUCACGCCCUGUUGUCGGGCAAAUUGCAUAUAGAUGGCGUUAGCAACUCGGGUUUGGCGAAAAUUAAUGAAUGGUAACGAAAUUAGACACAAUUAUUGUCCACUGA